CCCUCUUCCUCUUCCUCUUCUCUCUUCAGUCUCUCGUUGAUCAUCUCACCCGCUUAACUUGCCAACCUUCUCCUCCUCCUCCUCCUCCUCCCAACAUCUCUCCACCUACACCUCUCCAACACACACCUCGAGAGUAAACACGUCGGCCUCACCUCGCCAACCCCCCUUGCAUCACUCAUACACCUCUUGUAAUUAAUCCGGCUCGAAAACUACACACAAUCACAAUGCUCAACAUCAAGAGACUGUUGUUCGCCGCCCUGGCCGUGGGAAUGGUUGCUGCCCAGUGUGACGAGGAUAUCGAGAUCCAGAGCGAUGGAGACGUCAGCCAACUCGACAGCUGCUCGCGGUUCGACGGGUCGAUCAACAUCAAGAAGGGUGUCGCGAACAUCAUUUUCCCGACCAGCGUGUCCAGCAUCACCGGUGACUUGAUCAUUGACGGUGCCGUCGGCCUCACCGGCUUCUCGGCUCCCGGCCUGAAGACCAUCGGUGGAUCCUUCAAGCUCAACGGAUUGACCGUCCUGUCCACCCUGUCUUGCCCCGAGCUCGUUUCCGUCGGUGACAUCGCAUGGAGCACCCUGCCUGCCCUGCAGUCGCUUUCUUUCACCAAGAAAGUCAGCAAGGCCAACACCGUCCUGAUCACGGACACCUUGUUGACCUCGCUCGAGGGCAUCAACCUGGUCACUGCUGAGCGUUUCAACAUCAACAACAACCGUUACCUGAGGAGUGUCAACGUUGCUCUCGGUAACGUCACGGAUGUGUUGAUCAUCGAGGCCAACGGAAAGGGUGUCAACGCUUCGUUCCCCAACCUCAAGUGGGCCAACAACAUCACUGUCCGUGAUGCUGGUGAUGUCUACUUCCCCGUCCUCGAGGAGGUCAAGAGCACCGCUGCCUUCGUCAACAACACCUUCGAGACCGUUUCGUUCCCUGAGCUCACCCAGGUUGGCGAGUCGCUGGCUUUCGUCUCUUGCUCUCGUUUGACCAAGAUCUCGGCCAACGAGCUCGAGGAGGUUGGUGGUACUUUCCAGCUUGCCAACAACACCAAGCUCGCCGUUGUCGAGGACUUUGACAAGCUCGCCGUUGUCGGUGGUGCCGUCGAUAUCUCCGGUGUUGUCACCAACGUCACUCUUCCUUCCCUGGACGACGUUCGUGGUGGCUUCAACCUCCAGUCUACCGAGGAUGUUUCCUGCGACGAGUUCAACGAUCUUAAGAGCUCUGGCGUGAUCAAGGGAGACGACUUCACCUGUGCUGGAAAGAAGGAGACUGCUGAGUCCAAGACCGGUGGCCUCGGAACUGCCGGAUCCGGUAGCACUGACAACGAAUCUGCUGCCGCCACUUUCGGUGCCAGCAUGCUCGUCGCCUUCGUCGCUGGUGUCGCCGCGAUGGUUGCUUUGUAAAUGUAAUCCGCUGGGGUUUUGUUUCUUGUGUGUGUGUGUGUUUUUUUUUUUUUUUUUU